AUGUCUAAAAGAACAACAGUAUCUUCACCAUCUUCUUCAUCUUCAGGUUAUGACUCCGGACCGGACCCUGCGUCUCCACCUCCAGCACUUAUUCACGCGACCCGUUCCUUUCUUAACCAGCCAGCACAGAAAUUAAUUUCCAAAGACUACUUCCGGCGGCUCUAUAAUGCUCCGAAACGUACUCACCGGUUUAAAGCCAUUGAAUUUAAACCACAAGCUACACUUCUGGAAGCUUCUGCAGGUCCGUUUUCCGGAUUUUUUACACUUUUUUGGAUGAUUGUGGCACUUCUUAUACUUAACUCAAUGAGAGAUACUUAUGCACGUACUCAUACACUUUUGGGUCCUCAUAUUAUCAAUUAUCUUAAAAAGGAUCUACUUAAAGUGGCCCUAGUGGACCUCCAAAUGUAUAUUGCAACUUACUUUGGAGUAGGCCUUCAAUUGCUUGUAAAGCAUGGAAUUGUUUCAUGGACACAAACUGGAUGGAUUCUCCAAAAUGUCUGGCAAACAAUUUUUUUAUUUUAUUUCAUGUGGGUCGCAGAGUAUAUGCAAUUCCCAUGGAUUGCUCGAGUUUUCCUAUUACUUCAUUCUCUCGUGCUACUAAUGAAGCAGCACUCAUAUGCCUUUUUCAAUGGCUACCUUUGGUCAGUCUUAACCCAAGUUAAAGUCAUUGAUACGGCUUUGAAAAAGGACACAAGUACCUUGUCCCUCAAAGAUACAAAAGACCUGGCCGAGUUUAGAACAUUUAUAGCACAAGAACUUACCCAGCAAGACGGACCUAAUUUCCCUGAUAACAUUUCACUCAAAAACUAUUUUGAGUUUUCAAUGUUCCCCACUCUUGUUUAUCGUAUGGCAUACCCACGAACCUCUUCUAUCCGUUGGGGGUAUGUAGGUGAGAAAACCCUAGCCACUUUUGGGGUAUUUCUGCUCAUGAUUAUUGUUGCUGAAAAUAGUCUUUACCCCAUUGCCAUGGAGGCUUUAUCUCUACGUGGGCUUUCAACAAUGGAGAAAGUUCAGCGAUACCCUGCUAUUCUGGUUGACCUAAUUCCUCCCUUUGUGCUCAUGAUUCUUCUUGUUUUUUAUAUUAUCUGGGAUGCCAUUCUUAACGGAAUCGCGGAACUUACACGUUUUGCAGACCGCGGCUUUUAUGGUGCAUGGUGGAAUUGCGUGACGUGGGACCAAUUUGCGCGCGACUGGAACACCCCUGUGCACCUUUUUUUACUCCAGCACGUUUACCACAGCACCAUUUCUGUAUUUAACGUGUCUAAACGGACUGCUACUUUAUACACUUUUUUGUUAUCUUCGUGUAUCCAUGAGCUCGUCAUGUUUGUUAUUUUUAAAAAACUGCGAGGAUAUUUGCUUUGUUUGCAAAUGUGUCAGCUGCCUUUGGUGGCCAUUUCGCGCACGCGUUACUUGAGAGAUAAAAAAGUGCUGGGAAAUGUGAUUUUCUGGCUGGGCAUCAUGACAGGGCCUUCACUCAUGUGCUCAUUAUACCUGACGUUUUAA